UCUCACCCUCUCUGCUACUCGUUGACCUCUUCUAAGUAUCAUAGUCACCGGCAGCAGUGCGGCACCCUCAACAUGCAAUCCGUAAUCAUCAUACUGGCAUUGGCGGGCCUACUAUCAGGCGUCAGCAUGUACGGAGACACCUGGGGUACGAAGCGCGCCUUACCCAACGCGCCAGACGGAUACACCCCAUCCAAAGUGAACUGUCCCUCGAGUCGCCCUGCACUGCGCAGCGCGUCGAAACUCUCGCCGAACGAGACAUCAUGGCUGAAGAUGCGACAAAACAAGACCAUACCCGCCAUGAAGGACUUCUUCAGCCAUGUCACGAUCAAGGACUUCGAUGCGGCGGGCUACAUCGACCGCGUCUCCAGCAACAGCUCCAACGUGCCCAAUAUCGCCAUUGCUGUGUCCGGGGGAGGCUAUCGCGCCCUGAUGAACGGCGCGGGGGCGAUCAAGGCGUUCGAUAGCCGGACGGCUAAUUCGACCAGUGAUGGUCAGCUCGGUGGCCUGCUGCAGUCCGCGACGUAUCUGGCGGGUCUGAGUGGCGGGGGGUGGCUUGUUGGGUCUAUCUACAUCAAUAACUUCUCGACUAUUUCGAACUUGCAGACGACCCAGGAGGGGGCGAUCUGGCAGUUUCAGAAUUCGAUCUUUGAGGGUCCUGAUGACGGGGGCAUUCAGAUUGUGGAUUCGGCAACGUAUUACAAGGAUAUAUAUGAUGCCGUGUCGGGGAAAUCGGAUGCUGGAUUUCAGACGUCUAUCACUGAUUAUUGGGGUCGUGCUCUUUCGUACCAGCUGAUUAACGCCUCCAACGGAGGCAUCGACUACACUUGGUCGUCUAUCGCCCUGACCGACUCGUUCAAGCAGGCGGACAUGCCCAUGCCUGUGGUAGUCGCAAACGGUCGAUACCCAGACGAGCUGCUAGUCAGCAGCAACGCCACGGUCUACGAAUUCACCCCCUGGGAAUUCGGCAGCUUCGACCCGACCAUAUACGGAUUCGCUCCUCUCCAAUACCUGGGCUCGCGGUUCGUGGGCGGGACUCUGCCCAGCAACGAGAGCUGCGUCCGGGGCUUCGACAACGCCGGAUACGUGAUGGGCACCUCGUCCACCUUAUUCAACCAGUUCCUCUUACAGAUCAACUCCACCAGUCUCCCCGACUUCCUCAAGAACGCAUUCACCCACGUGCUCGAAGAAAUCGGCCAAGACAGCGAGGACAUCGCCGUGUACGCGCCGAACCCGUUCUACCUGUGGGCCAACGAGUCCUCGCCAGCCGCCCACCAGACCGAGCUCGAUGUCGUGGACGGAGGCGAAGACGGCCAGAAUAUCCCUCUUCACCCUCUGAUCCAGCCCGAGCGCCACGUGGAUGUCAUCUUCGCCGUGGACUCCUCCGCCGAUACCGACUACAACUGGCCCAACGGCACCUCAUUAGUAGCCACCUACGAGCGCAGCUUGAAUUCCUCGGGCAUCGGCAACGGGACCGCGUUCCCGGCCAUCCCGGACCAGAACACCUUCGUCAACGAAGGAUAUAACACCCGACCUACGUUUUUCGGCUGCGACUCGUCCAACCUCACCGGCCCGGCGCCCUUGGUCGUGUAUAUCCCUAACUUCCCCUACACGGCGUACUCGAACGUGUCGACGUUCGAUCCCAGCUAUGAGCAGUCUCAGCGGGAUAGUAUCAUCCUCAACGGAUAUGACGUCGCGACCAUGGCGAAUAGCAGUCGCGACGCGGACUGGUCGGCUUGUGUUGCGUGCGCGGUUCUCAGUCGCUCCUUUGAACGCACCAAUACCUCCGUCCCGGAGCUCUGUACCCAGUGCUUCCAGAGAUAUUGCUGGAACGGGACGACCAACAGCACUGCGCCGGCCAAGUAUGCGCCGAUCACGGUCUUCGAGAGCGCGGCUUAUGCGGCGUCCCCGACGGUGGUUCUGUCUGCUCUUGCUGCCAGCACCGCGCUUUUUGCCCUCUUGUAGGAUGGUGUUGUAGUAGUUGAGACGAGGAUAAAUGUACUGGUAGUAUGUAUGUAUGUAUGUAUGUGUGUGUGAGUGUGUGUUUGAUUGGAUAUACGAAGAAACGAAUUGGAAUGGAAUAUGAAUAUCUACGGAGUAC